AAAAUGUAGUACCUCACUAUGUCCAGCAGAGGCCGACACACUUCAGUCUAACAGAGGUCUGGGACAAGAAUAUAGUUGGACGGAAGGUGGAUGGAUGAACAGAUGGAUGAAUGGAGGUGGUGGACGUACCCUGGAGUGUGGAAGGAAACCGUUGGGAAUAUACACCAGAGACCUUUUUAAUAAUAUUGACCUACAAGUAUUGCAUUGCAGCAUUACUAGUGUUUCUCUACCAAUACAACUGUGAACGUAAUCACGCUUUUGACCUUAAAAAAUGCCUUGCAUUUGGCAGAUGCAAAUAUGUGCGUUCCCUGGAAUCAAACACACAAAUUAAUGUCUACCUAGGGUUUCUCUACCAAUAAAACUGAAGAAAAUAUCGCAACUAAACAAAGAAUGACAUCUCAGAUAGCGCUAGCUGUAACGCUCUCCGUUCUUAUCCUUCUCACAGUCAGUGGGAAUAUUUUGGUUUGUCUGGCUGUGUACUCUACGAGACGCCUGCGUAACGUCACCAACUGCUUCAUCGUCUCGUUAGCAAUUACAGACUUUCUACUGGGUGCCCUCGUGCUGCCAUUUUCCACGCUUUACCAAGUUACGGGUGAAUGGCCACUGGGGGCGCACUUCUGCAACAUCUACAUUUCAUUGGACGUCAUGCUGUGCACUGCCUCCAUACUCAAUCUCUUCGCUAUCAGCUUGGAUCGUUACUUUGCGGUCACCGCCCCGCUGCGCUACCCAAUGCUUCUGCUUCCGUGGCGCGUUGGCGCGAUUUUAGCGACAAUCUGGCUGGUUUCGGUGGGCGUUUCGUUUGUACCCAUCCACCUGGGCUGGAAUACACGUGACUUGAGCGUGCAAAAUAUUCGAGAGGGCGACCCUGCGCGAGACUGCCGAUUCGAGUUGAAUCCAACGUACGUAUUGGUCGAUGCCUUUGCAACGUUUUAUCUCCCCCUGGUGGCCAUGUGCUGGAGCUACCACCGAGUUUUUCUCAUUGCACGGAUGCAGGCGAAACGGAACAUUUCUACUCGACGGGGUUCGUCGUCGUCACCAGGCGCGACGAUUCUUGCACUGCGUGAACACAAAGCCACAGUGACACUUGCGGCGGUGCUGGGUGCAUUCGUGGUGUGCUGGUUCCCAUAUUUCACGUUUUUCACGAUAAUGGGGAUACGCAAUGAAGACAAUCCGCCACGGACGGCGCAGUCGGUGGUGCUUUGGCUAGGAUACGCAAACUCUGCGUUAAAUCCCGUACUUUAUGCCAUGCUCAACAGAGACUUCAGGUCCGCUUACACCAAGUUGCUCUGUGGAGGACGAGGGUGUAAAACACGGACGAGAACGUCAAUAUCAGCAAUGGAGGUGGGGCUAAUGAGUAGACACGCCCCACUAAAGGAGGGGCUUCGGCCUAGAACUUGUGUGCUGCUGCAAGAGAUUGAAAACGGGAAGAAGGUCGAUAGCAACACAACAACUGGUGCUACAGUUACCAUUGUAGCUAAUGGGAAUAAAAGGCCAUAACAUUUUAACUCAACAAUCUACCUCCUUAAAAAAAAAAAGGAUCAGCCAUCCAAAAGUGACUGACAAUCGACAUACAGGUGACAAUCAGAAUCUAAUGUAAUAUAUUUGAGAUCUGUUAUCUAAAAACAGAGCAAUUACAGGAUCGAUAGUCUCUACAACAGGUCAAGGAAAUUCAUGCAGCCUUCUUUUAUGGGAGGUAUUUUAACAUUACACAAAACGUAGACGCAUAUUCCCUGCCCUGACGUGUGAUAGUCUCGACACCUGCCCAGUUUGAAUGAAGAGGACGAGAAACAAAAACUGAUGAUGCAACAGUGAACAGACUGUAGCCGUCUUUUUGUCUUCAUACCUCAUUUACUAACUGUCUGUCGGCGGCCCACAGGGACCUCAAGUAUUAAGACUGUGUAACUUAAAAAUACACAGAAAAGAAAGUGUAAAUAAAAUUUGUAAUUUGCAAACUGUAACUUUUUAUAUUACCAAAUUGCUUUUCCUCUGACGCCCUCUGGUGGACAUGAGUGGUAACAAGAUCAUGUAGAAGCACUAAGAAUCAAGAAGAACUAACAAAACUUGUCUAGGUCACAUUUGACUCCAAAAUAAAAAAUAAAAAAAAUGAAUGAAUGAAUGAUAUACAUACAUACAUAAAUGCAUAUAUAUCAAAGAAAAUAAAGGCUAAAUGUGCUUGAUUGAAAAUAAUAUCCCAAAGCAAUGACAAAUACAACACUAAGAAAAUAAUGUCUUUUUUCCCCCAUUCUGGGGAAAAAUGUGACCUGGACAUGUUUUCAUGAGAUUUACUCUUCUUAUUUAUUUUUUUAUUUUAUAUGUGGAAGUUUAAGAAUUCUGUCUUGUUUUCUCUCAGAAAAAUAUGGUUGCAUGGUAAUAUUUAAAGAGUCUGAGUACAGUAUGACUGUAAAGAUGAUAAACAGUGUGUUGUGAGAUAAGCAUGUGCAUGAGUCUAAAUCUAGAUUAAAGAAUGCAAAUGGGAAGUGAAUUUAAAAAUACACA